AUGGCUCUAAAUUUGAGACAACAAUUUGCUACAGACAAAUCUAUUUUCCAUAAAUUUAUGGAACUUGACAUUGGUGACAAAGUUCAAGCUGAAUAUAUAUGGAUUGAUGGAACUGGAGAAUUUCUUAGAUGUAAAACAAAAACUCUUGACUUUGAACCAAAGCAUCCUGAUGAACUUCCAAUUUGGAAUUUUGAUGGAUCAUCAACAGGACAGGCAUCUGGUAAAGAUUCUGAUGUUUUUUUAAAACCAGUUGCAAUUUUUAGAGAUCCAUUUCGUCUUGGUAAAAACAAAUUAGUUUUAUGUGAAACAUAUAAUAACAAAAUGCAACCAACAGCAACUAAUAAUCGGGCAAGGUGUUAUCAAACUAUGAAAAAAGCAUCUGAUUUAAAACCUUGGUUUGGUAUGGAACAAGAAUAUACACUUUUAGAUGUUGAUGGGCAUCCAUUUGGCUGGCCAAAAAAUGGUUUUCCUGGACCACAAGGACCAUAUUACUGUGGUGUUGGUACUAAUAAAGUAUACGGUAGAGAUAUUGUUGAAGCACAUUAUCGGGCUUGUCUGUAUGCUGGAAUUAAUUGUUCUGGAACAAAUGCUGAAGUAAUGCCAGGACAAUGGGAAUUCCAAGUUGGUCCAUGUGAAGGAAUUUCUAUGGGAGAUGAACUUUGGAUGGCUCGAUUUAUUCUUCAUAAAGUUGCUGAAGAAUUUGGUGUUGUGGCAUCAUUAGAUCCAAAACCAAUCCAAGGUGAUUGGAAUGGUGCUGGUUGUCAUACUAACUUUUCUACUGAAAAAAUGCGUCUUGAUGGAGGAUAUCAAGAAAUUCUUAGUGCUAUUGAUAAACUUUCUAAAGCUCAUCGUGAACAUAUAGCUUAUUAUGAUCCAUCUGGUGGUAUUGAUAAUGAAAGAAGACUUACUGGUCAUCAUGAAACUGCUAGUAUCUCUGAAUUUAGUUAUGGUGUUGCAUCAAGAGCAGCCUCAAUUCGUAUACCAAGACAAACUGAAGUUGAUCAAAAAGGAUACUUUGAAGAUAGAAGACCAUCAUCAAACUGUGACCCAUAUGCUGUAACUGAUGCUAUAGUACGUACGUGUUGUUUAGAUGUCAAAAAAUUAUCCAAAGUUUAUACACCAUUAAGAGCUCAAGCAAUUCGUGAUGCUGUAAAAGAACAAAAUGAAAAAAUUGACGAAUAA